AUGUCGUUGGAAGCAGACGAGAAAUCAUGCAAGAAGGCCGAGGAGCCGUGGUCGUUGACCGCCGAGCUGGGCACGUCGGAGGCGAGUCGUUCGGGUUGGAGAAGUUCUGGGAGUGUUGCGGCAUCGGGUGAGGAGGUGGGGGAGGGUGCUGCUGCUGGUUCUCGUGUUGCAACGGAACAGACUGCUGCGGCAUCAUCAUUUGCUGCUGGUGCUGGCCCUGGAAGUUUGGCAUCAUGUACUGGUUGUACUUCUGCUGGGGCUGCGGUUGCGGCUGUGGUUGCGGCUGGGGCUGGCCCUGGUGGGACGCCUGGGCCGCAGCGAAAAUCGCAUACUGCUGGGGCACGCCAAACUGGUUAG